AUGUCUGUGGUGGAGCAGUCCAUCCGUGAGAUGGAGUUACAAGAAGCAACCCUUCGCGCAAGGCUUCUCGAGUGCCGCAGAGGAUGCAGCCAGGGACCAGAAGAGUCUAGCACUGAAGACGCUGCAGGCACGUCGACCUCGGCUGGUCAUCUCCAGGGCGAGCCUACCAAGGCAGACCCCUUCUCAGCGGCGCCACCCGCUCAUACAAACAAUCACAGCUGCAAUUGCCGAUCAGACAAGAGAUGUACUCUAGUGCAGUCGGGGUCUACCCUGUGGUACAGGCGUCACACGCCACAGAACACUGACAGACUUUUUCUGGUUGCGUGCUCGAAUGGACGAAGAGCCUCGAUAAUCAUAACUGGCAGACAUGCCUGGGUUGAGUGUGACAUGCCGAUAGUGUCCGGUGAUAUAGGCUAUCCGCACAUCCAGGUGCGUUUGCGGUUACGUAUGUUAGAUGCUGACAUCCGGGCUGCAGGCUGACUCACGGAACCAGAUUGAG